GCCUACCUGUGCUGCAGGCGCCGGACCUUGGGAGACGGCUUCCCCAAGGAACACGAGUCCGUGGGCAUGCGGUGCGCCAGCGCUGACCAGCUGGCCGAGUCGGCGCUCGUCAAGCGGGCCAGCCUGGACAACGUGCUGUCCACGCUCCAGUCGUCGCGCCCGGGCUCCUACCUGGCGUCGCCCUCCAGGAGAGCUGUCGCCCCCGUCGCCACGCCAACGCAGGGCCGACAGAGCAUCAGUUCCAUAGACGACAUAUCAACCUACACGCCGUUUCCAGACAAUCAUAGCAAGUCGAACAAUGGCAGAAUAGUGCUCAAAAAACCACAGGAUCAGCCAAUUCCCAACACAAGGGUCAAGAGGCCAACAUCCAUACAAAAGCUGAUGGGUGCCGAGGGAGACAUGCAACGGAAGGAGAAAGCGGCUGACGCCCACACCCCAGGAGCACAGAGCAACCACUACGACAACCCGCGAGCAACGAAGGCCAGCUGCCUCAAGAGCUGGCAACACACCGCUGACAAGCCGAGUCGGCCCUUUGUGAUACCCCAGGAGACGAAGUCCACCUUGGAAAUUGAACCAGAAGGAGAAGAUUCCCCGCGAUGGUCCCGAGCAAGGAGGAGCGAUGGCAAUUUUAUAAACUCCAGUUCCGCCAUGAUAGAGAAGACAUACUUCUUCAGUGGAGAAGAAAUGCACAGUGAAGAUGUUGAAGCAUUCUGUGUGGCACUCUCACCAAGGAUGGACAUGGAGUACUCUUCAGAGCAAAUAAAGUUUUCUUAGAAACACAAGAACAUAACACCACUCACG